CAGGGGACAGCAAUCAAGUUGCUCAGAGGAAGUGGAGACAAAACUCCUUCCAGGUUUGAAAGAUGUGCUGUGAGCGGCGAUCUCUGAGCCCAGACAUUCUCGUGGAAACUCCAGAAAGGCACCAGCUAUUCCUUGAGGAUACUCACCUAAGGUCUGUGAUUGAAGAAGAGGCCUUUAAGCUUUUAUCCCAGCACUCCUUGCUGGACAGACCGUCUUCUCCUAGCGAUGGAUUCACUCACCAGGAACAGAAUAACCAGCAUGUUCUGGGGUUUCCUAGAAAACUUUGGCAAAUAGUGGAAAGCCCUGAAUUCAAAUCAAUUUGGUGGGGCGAAGGAGGAACCUGCAUCGUGAUAGAUGUAGAGCGAUUUCAGACAGAAGUUUUAGAGAUGAAAGGCCAUUUCAGAAUCUUUGAAACGUGCAACAUGAAGAGCUUUGUGCGACAGCUUAACCUUUAUGGAUUCAGGAAGAUGCAGUCAACGUUUCAGAGAUCGGCUUUCCUAUUCCACUUUAUGCCGGAAUGUCAUGAUGUCUUAGGGACAAGCAAGUUGCAUUUCUUCCAUCACCCACAUUUCAAACAAGGCUGUCCUCAGCUCUUACGACACGUUCUAAGAAGAGUGAGCAUUAAGAAGAAAUACCAGCCAUUGGAAUCCUCACCUCAAAAUCAGCCCAAUGAGUCACCUCGAGCACAGGAAGUUUUAGCAAAGAAUAAUGGAAAUGCAAGAGUGGGAGGGUUGUACUGGGACUCUGACAAGCGGACAUCUCUCUCCACAGUGCGCCAUGCGGCUGGAGUGGAGGAGGAGCUAGAAGGAUCCGGGCGGAAGCCUGCGCGUCGCAAACCUCUGGCAGCCAUUCUUCCUAGGGUGCUCGGGUGCAAUGCCAUAAGUCCAGCUAAGCACAGCCAGGCUUACCAACAGUGCUCUGAGAAGCGGAUCUUGAAAUCCUCAGUGCGCCACGCAGCUGAAAUGGGGAAGGAGCUCCCCCACGGUUUCCAGAUUGCCGGAAUCCUGUUUGAUGGCUCGCUUUUAGGAGUGGGAGGGAUGUCCUGGGACUCUGAGAAGUGGAUGAGGGCCUCCUCAGCGUGCCAUGCAGCGGGAGUGGGGGAAGAGCUAGGAGAUCCAGGAGGAGGCCUGAGCAUCUGA